AUGAAUUCCGAGGUGAAGACCGUUUACAAUGCUCUUCCAAAUCUUCCUGGCUUCAACUUUGCGGAGCUGCAUGAACCUGCUAGUCACGGGCUCCACCACCAUUGCAUCUUAUCGAAAGAAGGUGUGUGUAUGGUUCUGGAUGGUAGAACUUCUGCAGCCCCACACGAGCCUCCCAGCGGUUGUGGAAUUCCAGCUCGCACCAUCCUAGACAAAUUUCCCAUGUGGAAGACACUCGAUGACAAGGUCAUUCGUUUUUUUGGUUAUUAUAUCGAUGACGUCGACAACAGCUCAGUGGAAAGUGGGGUGCGCGUUCGUAAGGUUAAGUUCCACUAUUACCUGGCUGAUGGCACGCUUGCCAUCAUCGAAACUCCGGCUGUCGUAAACAGUGGGCUGCGUAAGGGCACAACAGCAUCACGUUUUAAGCCCGAAAAUGUGGAUGUAUUUAGUUUUUGUAUUGGCGGCUCCAUCACGUGUCGCGGCAUCACUUAUAAUCUUGUCGACUGUGAUGCGGCAACGAGAGAGUUUUACGACAUCAUGGGGAUGCCACAGCCGGACUGGCCUCUCAGUUAUCCAUUUGACAGUUUUGAAGCCUCAAAAUCCCGUCCGCGCAUGGAUGUGGAUGAGGAAAAUAUUGCAAUGAGUAGAGUUUUUGAAGCUCAGGCGGCUAUCCACUCUGGCACACACCCCAGUCUCCUGUCUAAGGAAGAACGUGAAAAAGCGCACAACUACUACAUGAACGAUGGGAAGGUGUUGCGGUAUUUCGCAGUCUGGGAAAAGCGUCUGUUUCGGAUUCAUUAUUAUCUCGCCGAUGGCUCAAUUUCUGUCAUGUUUGAUACCAUUGAUAACGACGGUCGGGAUCGCAACCGCGUCUUUAUUCGUCGCACUCGUAUCCCGAAAGACGUGAAGGCGGCUUUAGUGCAGACCGAAACUCUGAGCAGGCCUCGUGGUGUGGAAGCCUCGCAACACAUCAGCGCUGAAGACCUUCGCACAGGAACGAUUGUGGAUCUCUUUACACGACCGUUUUUUAUUUACGACUGCGACUCAUAUACACGGCAGUACGUGAAAAAGCACUAUGGAGUGGAGUUGUCCGCCUAUGAACGCCCCCCGACGGAAUUGGACGACAUCCAAUUAGCAAAGGAUAAAUCUAGGCGUCGCGGUAAGUCCUCCGACAGAGAGGAUGUGAAAAAGGCCUCUGAGCCCAAGAGAACCUUUGGCGCGUCGGCAAUGAUGUUCGGAGACAAUGUGAAGGAAAAAAACACGCUGCAGUUGACCCGCUUCGCACAUGACGUCCUCCGCUUCUUAGCGCACAUCGUCGACCCGCACCCGUCAGACAGGGGUCGUAAAUUCAUCAUUAGCUACUACCUCGCCGAUGACACCGUGUCGGUGUUCGAGUUGGUCGUCCGAAAUUCCGGCCAUGUCGGCGGGAAGAUAUUCGCCCGUCGCAGCGUGGAGGGGGUCGACGAUCCUAGAAAACUUCAGGUAGGGCACACCACACGUUUGGGUGGUGUCGAAUAUCUGCUGGAAGCGAUGGACCAGCGCACGCAACGCUACAUCGAGGCUGGGGUGCUAGACAGCAUGGACGACGCCUACUUCCAGUUGGAUGAAAUCAUCGCGACAAUGCGGCAACACGUCUUGCAUCAGUUUUCUAGCACCACGGAAGCGUACCGCCACUAUGCAUCUUCUAGUACCAAAGGCCUGACUGCGGAAAGUGUCAAAGAGGUGUUCAGCGACAGCGGCGUCCGCCUAGACGACGCACUACUGGAGAAGGUCAUGGGGCGAGUCGACUGCGACCAUGACGGAUGGGUCUCGCUGGCCGACUUUACGGAGCAUUUGCUUGGCCAGAAGUUAAUGUCAGACUUCCAGCCUCAGGGCACCCUCGCCUCCAUGGCUAAAGAGGGUCUCGAUCCCGAACUAAACAUCCCGAUUCCAAGAGGACCAAUUCAGAGUGCAGCAGCGCUAACGCGGCUUGCCAACGCAGACGUGGCAGCCGCCGCCGCGUUUCGCAAGUUUAUUGCUGUGAUGGAAGCGCGGCGCACAUUGUUAAUGCGCACGUUCAGAAAUGUUGCAGCGGGCACAUAUGACGGGAACUUGGGGCUGGAAGACAUCAAGGGCUGCUUGGCAACGCGUCUAAAGGUUCCCCUUUCCGAUGAGGAGCUAAAUGCGCUGCUCUAUAAAUUUUUUUACAUCCCAACCAUGCCCAACUGGGCGGCUCGUCGGCUUAGUAUAAAUGAGGUUCAGCAGCUUAUUCGCCUUUGA